AGAAGUGGUUGACCUCGUGGGUUACGUGAUGCCCGUCUACAUAGCCUUCCACCUGUUUGAAGCUCUAUGCGCGACGACCAGCGGGGUGCUGCGUGGCACCGGAAGGCAGAAACUAGGCGCCAUUUUCAACACGUUGGGCUACUACACCGUCGGCUUGCCCUUGGGGGCCGUGCUCCUUUUCGUAGCCAAAAUUGGCAUGAUAGGCCCAGCACCGUGUCAAAAUCUCUCAGAAGCCAGUGGAGGAUUUGAACUCGGCUCCCAUCCCGGACAAGGCCGUUUCCUCUUCCAAUACAGAAUGCAAAGUAGGGUUUGGAGGACACACGGAUGCCCAGAACGGCGUUGUGCUUCUGAGCUUCACCGUCAUAGAUGGACCAACCUUGCAGGAAAAGGCGGCGUCCAGCAUCCCCAAGACGGGCCGGGUUCUGACGACCAAAGAACUGAUUGUGAGGCGGGGACUGGCGGUGGCCGGCGCCGUGGGAAUUCUAGCCGUGGGAAUUUUGAUACGGAUAUUCACAGUCCACAAUUAACGGCUGGGGAGAGACUAGAACACACCCCCCCCCCUGAACCCACGGCAAAAAAACUCAGGCGCAGGAACCUGUUUCAUCCAGCAGAGGGCACUAGUGUGUUAUACUCAGAAAUUCCACCAGGGGGCGAAGUUCAGAAGUUACAGACGUUACACUCAGAAAUUCCACCAGGGGGCGAAGCUCAGAGGUUACACAUGCUAUACUCCGAAUUUCCACCAGGGUGCGUCCAUCUCAGACAAACAUCGUGGGACGAUGGCCAUUUCGCUUCGCCCAAGUUGGCCGAAUCUGGCGUCUCAACAUGCAAAAGACUGAUUUUGGGGAGUUCAGAAAGUUUAUUUUCCAUCAUAGAUAACCAUGUAACCUUUCCAGAUAAACAUCUUUUAGUAGUAAUUUUUUUAAACAUGGUUUUUAAAUGUAGGCCUUUCAAAGAAACAAGGAGGUUAGAAAAGGUUAGCAAACAAGGAAAUAUGGACCCCAGGGAGGUCAAAGUCAAAAUGACACUCCAACCAUGAUUCAUAUCACGUUUUCCUGAAAAUAAGACCUCCCCGAAUAAUAAGCCCAAUUGGGCAUCUGAGCGCAUG